AUGAACGGCUUUGCAGGAACCGCGAGCCGAAAACGGCUCUUCUUGGCGGCUACCUUCAUCGGAGCCUGCUUCGUCGCGCUGCUGCCUCUCGAGGCCUCGGCAGAAGACAGCGUCGACGCGGCGCUCCCCAAAGAAAAGGAUCCCGCCGAAGGAGACAAGAGCAAUGGAGAGAAAUCGUCUGAGGAGGAUAUCCUUGCCGAAGAAAACCCGACAGAGGAGCUGGGAGCCCUAGCAGCGGACAACUGGAUGGAGGUCUUUGCAGCGCUGGACGGUCAAAAAGAGAAGAAACCGGAGAAGCCAGCACCGACACCCUCUCCCGCUGCCGCAGUGAGCAAGCAGGGAACGGCCAAGCCUGCAGCCCACCCGGCUCCGCCACAGCGUCCAGCGGAGAAGCCAAAAAGCGCGCCGCCGCCGCCGCAGUCCGCCGCCCCAGCCAAGUCCGGUGUAUUUGCAGGCCCGAUGGGACCGCUUUUCGAAAGGCUCGCGGCCAAAUUGAACAUGCACAUUCUCAAUGUGUACCUCGGUGCCGACGCGUGCGCCACAUCCGAGCUUUUUAUGCAUCUGGACAAACGGGAGGACGUCGAGUAUGAAGAGGAGGAAGAACCCGAAGAAGAAGAUGAGGAGGAAUACCUAGCGGAAGCGAUAAUUCACGGGACCAAGAAGAAAGUCAUUCCACGCAUAAAGACAGCCGUUGAUGAGUUGGUAGAUGAGAUUGAGAAAGAGAAGAUUCGCAAGAUUUCCAAGACGCGGCGACAGUUCAACGUGUUGCUCGAACGGAAGAAGGAGAGUGACAAGAAAAAGGCGGCCGACUCAGUUCCGCCUCCAGACUACUUCAAAGAACUCGCACAAGCUGCGGCGCAGUACCACCAAACGGUUGAGCAAGAGCGACGUAAACGCGAUGCAGGGAAGAAACUGUCGACUGUCCAGGAGCGUUUGCGGAGGCGUGCACAGAGGAGACGUCAGCGAGACAAACUGAUGGCGUGGCGACAGUCCCAGUUCGCGCAGGUUACGGUCACCCCUGCCCAGCGCCAGCAACACUUUGCUGCGACGCGACAAGAAAGCCGAGACAUCGAGAAAACGAUCGAUGACGAUCUUGACGAGAUGGACUGGGGCGACUUCCUGCAUCCGGAGCGCCAGUCGGACAACGAGUCGCAAGAGAGCAGCAAAACGAAAGCGACUGACUCCGAAGAAGAGAAACUCUGA